UUUCCCUUUUUUUUUCUCUAUUUUUUUCAUAUGGACUUCACCGACUCCAAAACCAACUCAACUUCGACCUCGUCGAAGCCGAGGAGAAAACAGCAAGAGCAGCAACAACAGCAAGAGACCACAAGGUUUCUUGGAGUGAGGCGGCGACCGUGGGGGCGAUACGCAGCUGAAAUUAGAGACCCAUCGACAAAGGAGAGGCAUUGGCUCGGAACAUUCGACACGGCCGAGGAGGCGGCAUUGGCAUAUGACCGUGCCGCCCGGUCCAUGCGCGGCUCCAAGGCCCGCACCAACUUCGUCUACUCCGACAUGCCUCACGGCUCCUCCAUCACCUCCAUAAUCUCCCCCGACGAAUCCGCCGACGCUUUCCCUCCUCCAAUUCCAACCCCAACCCAAAACGACCAACUCUCCUUCGCCCUUCACGACCCCUUCGCCACCAGCCCAUUCCCCGGCAAUAACUGGCUGUCCAACUCCGACUUCGACCACGACGUCGACCUGCCGUCGAAUUACCAGCCCGUAACAGCCUUCAUGGACACUGGCAUGCCACAGGCCGACAGCACAGAGCUCCCUCCACUCCCACCGGAUGCGUCUUCUUCUUACAAUGAGUACGCGUUUAUGAGCUACGAUUCAAACGCCGCCGUUUUGCCGCCAUUCCCGGAUACGCCGGCCGACGGCUACGGCUUCGGCUUCGGCGGUUCCUCAUCCACUUACUUCUAUUAA